GGGCGCCUGCGCCGGCUGAUUAGAUUACUCAGUUGGGUGGGACGGCGGAGUCGCGAGCGGCCCUGGUCCGGUCGGCGAAGUUCGGGGCGCAGCGAUGCCGGGGGCAGUUCUGCUGGUGGCGGCCACGGGGGUCGCUCUCGUUGUGGCCUUGCUGCUGCUUCUCUACCUAAUGUCGCCGCUGGACCAUCCCAAGCCUCUGUCGUUGUCCGGGGCUCACGUUGUGGUAACUGGUGGUUCCAGUGGCAUUGGGAAAAGCAUUGCUAUUGAAUGCUUCAGGCAAGGCGCUUUCCUAACACUGAUUGCAAGAAACGAGAAACGUCUCUUGGAGGCCAAGAAAGAAAUUGAGAAGUUCUCAGUUAAUGAUAAGCAG